AUGGGAGACGAGGCCGAGAGGCCGUACAACACCAAUUCUUCUUCCCAAAUUUUGCCGUUUACGUCAACGACCGACUUCGCCUCUUCCUCCGCCUUCCCCGUCUUGGCGCGCUCGCGCUUCUUUCAUACCUCGGCACCCAUGGAUCACGAGGACUAG